GCGUGAUAGUCGCGCUCUGCCAUUGCCUCCGUUGCCCUACGCCAACCGGCGCGUGGGGCCCGGUUCUCCAGCCGCGUGCACUGCAGCCGGGCGCGAUGAGGCGGGCAGCACUGCGGCUUUGUGCCUUGAGCAAGGGGCUGCUUACUCCUGGCAGAGGAUUGACUCAAGGACCCCCUAACCCCAGCAAACAAGGAAUCUUCCACAUUCAUGAAGUUCGAGAUAAGUUGCGGGAGAUAGUAGGAGCAUCCACAAACUGGAGAGACCAUGUGAAGGCAAUGGAGGAAAGAAAGUUACUUCAUAGUUUUUUGGCUGAGUCACAGAAAGGACUGCCACCGAGGAGAAUGAAGGACAGUUAUGUUGAAGUUCUCUUGCCUUUGGGCAGUGAACCUGAAUUACGAGAGAAAUAUUUGACUGUUCAAAACACCGUGAGAUUUGGCAGGAUUCUUGAGGAUCUUGACAGCUUAGGAGUUCUUAUUUGCUACAUGCACACCAAAAUUCAUUCAGCUAAGAUGUCUCCUUUAUCAAUAGUUACAGCCCUGGUGGACAAGAUUGAUAUGUGUAGGAAGAGCUUGAGCCCAGAACAGGACAUUAAGUUCAGUGGCCAUGUUAGCUGGGUUGGAAAGACGUCCAUGGAAGUGAAGAUGCGAAUGUUCCAGUUGCAUGGUGAUGAAUUUUUUCCGGUUUUGGAUGCAACGUUUGUAAUGGUGGCUCGUGAUUGUGAAAAUAAAGGGCCGGCAUUUGUAAAUCCACUCAUCCCUGAAAGCCCAGAGGAAGAAGAGCUCUUUAGACAAGGAGAAUUGAACAAGGGGAGAAGGAUUGCCUUCAGCUCGACAUCAUUACUGAAAAUGGCUCCCAGUGCUGAGGAGAGGAACACCAUCCAUGAGAUGUUUCUUAACACACUGGAUCCAAAGACUAUAAGUUUUCGGAGUCGAGUUUUGCCCUCUAAUGCAGUGUGGAUGGAAAAUUCAAAACUGAAGAGCUUGGAAAUUUGCCACCCUCAGGAGCGGAACAUUUUCAAUAGGAUCUUUGGAGGUUUCCUUAUGAGGAAAGCAUAUGAACUUGCAUGGGCUACUGCUUGUAGCUUCGGUGGUUCCCGACCAUUUGUGGUAGCAGUGGAUGAUAUCAUGUUUCAGAAACCAGUUGAGGUUGGCUCAUUGCUCUUUCUUUCUUCCCAGGUAUGCUUUACUCAGAACAAUUAUAUUCAAGUCAGAGUACACAGUGAAGUGGCUUCUCUUCAGAAUAAAGAGCAUACAACCACCAAUGUCUUUCAUUUCACAUUCAUGUCAGAAAAAGAAGUGCCCUUGGUUUUCCCCAGAACAUACGGAGAGUCCAUGUUGUAUUUGGAUGGGCAGCGGCAUUUCAACUCCAUGAGUGCCCCGGUGACCUUGGAAAAGGACUGCCUUGUGGAGCCCUAGGAAAACCUCACUUGUUGAAAACCAGCACUCCAUCCACAUAACGUAGUGCCUGAUGAAGGCCUGGUCAAGUAUAUUGGUUCAGUGUUGCUUCUCAUCCUCCAUAGAGAAGGAGAAAUGUAUUCAGCUUUUAGGAUAAUCAGAAAAGCAGAACAAGAGAAUGAAGAGAAUAGUUGGAUAGGGUUGAGGGGAGAAAGAGCUGUUAAACAAUAAAUACUUUCAAAACAA